AUGGUGAUCGAUGCAAGACAGGAGUUCCUGAAUCGGGCGGCGGACGCGCUCGCCGCCAGUCCCUCCACAUCCUCCCAUCUGCUAUCAAUACACACACAGCUUCUUCACGAAAAUUCCAAGGCUUUGAGCACUAUGCAGAAAAAAGGGUAUUGUGGAGGCUGUGGAAGCCCCAGAAAGCCUCAAUGGACCAAAGUCACCGAUGUCAAACCCAAAAGAGACAAAGCUUCAAAGACCUCUGCGCCUUCUAUGUCAACAGCCACCGUCUACAAGUGUCUACGCUGUCACGAACGUACGGUGCUUCAGUUGAAGAAAAAGACCUCUCUCAGAAAUCCACGGCCCUCGGCUGCUAAGCUAUCCAGCCAGGGUCCAAAUGUUGAUGCCAACGAGCCACAUGCAUCACUCGAUUCAUCCAAAUCAGUCGACAACCAAAACAGCAAGAAAAGAGCCAAGGCACGCAAACAAGGUGGUCUUCAAGCACUCAUGGCCUCAAAGAAAAGCUCGCAGCCUUCCCUCGAUCUUUUUGACUUCUUGCAGUGA